AUGGCGCCCCCGCCGAUACCGAUGGAGAGGCGGGCGUCGGCGGCCUCGGCCUACUACAGCAUGUCGAGCUCCCUGGCAUCCUCGCCAUCGCGCAGCACGCGAGUGCACUACGAAGAGUCGCGUUCCCAAAGCGCCCGCUCCACCGAGGGCAGCUCCGUCAGCCCCAAGGAGGAGCUGCUGGCGUCGGAAGGCGGCCUGGAUCGCGCUCGCGCAUACUCGCAGCGGUCGCACAGAUCGGCUCCAGCCGCCGAUGGCGGUCCGUCUUCCCCGAGCCGAUCGCUCGGCCCCCACGACAAGGCCCCGCGACGACCGAGCGGAUCACCUCGGAAGGAGGUCAACGACAUCUCCCGAUCCCAGGAGCAUUGGGGACUCCAACCAACAGACGAGCGGCUCCACGUUCGCCAGCAGCGGGACGAGUCCAGGCUAGGUCCGCCGGCCAUGCUGGCGGGCCGCGAUGCCGGAAGCGGCCAGGGCAUGCCGCGCAGCGUCAGCGGGCCGACCAGCGUCGGCCGCUCCAAGGUCGAGAGGCUCGUCGGCGGCUUCGAGGCCGCCUCCAGCUCGUCAAAGGGCGCUCCCGAUGCGGCGUUGCAGCAGGCGCUGGAAUUUGGGUCCGCUGGGUCUGCGGGCCUUCCGCGUUCUCGUUCGGCCAGCAGUGGCGCCAAGAAGGGCUCCUCCCGCGCCGCACCUCCGUCGUCGUCCACACCGGGACCUCGAGCCGCAUCUGCUUCAGGCUCACCUAGCCCGACCAUCGCCGGCUCUGGCCCAUCUUCAGCCUCUGCGACGGCCAAAUCGGCCCCUGCCCAGCCGAAGCCGAGCCUGCGCGCUCGUUUGUUUGGCUUCAAGUCGUCCUCGUCCUCCAGGUCUUCAGCAGACGUCGGUCAUGCUGCGACGCCGGCAUCGUCGGGCCCUUCGCUUGCUGUUGGGACUGGCGCGCCCGCCGCUGGCCCAUCCUUCGCCCGUCCCGGCGGCCUCCUCAGUCCGACGCCGAGCUCGCACGAGUUCCAUUCUUCCGACUGGAGCGACACCGCCUCCAUCGCGCACUCGGUCCGCAGCGAGUCGCAUGCGGCUUCUGCGGCUGCCGCUCCGCGGCGCUCAGCCUCGGUCAACAGCGUCGCCGGCAGGCCGCAUACCCGAGGCGGAACGCCAGUCGAGCACGGAUCGGCCAUGGGCGGCAGCAGCAGCUCUCUGGCGAGGCUUGCGGGGCCGCGCGCCGCCGCGGCGCCGUUGCGGCAGAAGGUGUCGUCGAGCUCGCUGCGCAAGUCGGUUCGGUCGCCCUCGCCCUCGCCAUCGGUGUCGACCAUGGCCAGCAGCAUCCGCCACGCCCGGUCCGACACCGGCGACAGCGGAUACCGACAGGCGGUGGGACGCAGAGGCGCGACCUACACUCGGCCGCUGAAUGGCGACUUGGCAGCCACUUCAAACGACGCUUCGACUGCGAGCAACUUCGAUCUCGGCCCUUCCUCGACCACCCGGGCGGAAGUCGUCGAGCCCGGCUUCGUUCGGCCGACGCCGAUGCUCGCACCAGCCGCGGCUCCGUUGCAGCACGAGAUAGGUCUUCGCGAAGCUCGCCGGCCGAGUGUCCAAAGCAGCAUCGACGGAGACAGUCUCAGCUCUCAAUCCUCGACGAACGCCAGCUUCCCGACGGACCACUCCUUUCUCGUCAUGCCUGCGGCGUCGGCCCACCGCAAGGCAGCGUCCGGGAGCAGCGUCACGGCCGAAGAGAGCGCCCCGCCGGAUUCUGCGAUUGUAGGCAGCAGGCGUGUCAGGGACGCGAGUGAAAGCCUCGCCGUGUCCGAGCGCCGCAGAUCUGCCGCGCUCCGCACCGCCUCACCCUUGCCACCGCCCUCGCGGACGCCACCUCCGGUGCCGAUCGACGCGCCCGAGGGAGAGCGCAACGCAGACGCCCAGAGCUCGUCGGCGACAUUGCUCUCUGCUGCGGAGGAGCAGCACGCCUCGUCGUCCUCGCCCCAGACCCCUUCGGGCUCGGCAAGGGGGUCUGGAACGGCUGCUCUGGACCUGCAGGACUCCCACGGAGACGAUCGGUCAAUCACCCCUACGGCGCCCUUCGCGCCGCCGCCGACGAAACGGUCUCUUGGGACCAAAACCGGAGAGGCGCUCGCUGCGAUCACCAACAUGGAGGUGCAGCACGGUCGCGCCGACGACAACGCGACGCACGAAGUCCCUGGUCUUGGUCCAGCCGGAAGCCUGUCUCGGGCGCACCGACGGCGCGAGCAGUCGCAGGAUGGCACGCUCAGCCGACAGCCGAGCAACGCCAGCAGCCACGAUAGCAGCUUCGCCGGCAACCUCACCGGACGUUCCGCUUACAUGCCGAGGUCCAGCAGCCUCCACGGCCAUGGCGCCGAGGGCAGUCCCCUGUCGCACGUCGCGAGGCCCUCUGCUAACCGCGGAUCGAGCCACGGGCCCAUCCAUGGCCCGCACCCGUUUGCGAGCCCGCUACAGUCCAGCGCUAGCGCCUCAAGCCGAGGUCUCUCGUCCGCGCCGCCGCAGAUCCUGCCGCGGACGACGAGCAGCUCGGCCAUUUCGUCGAGCGGGCGCCCCGAAUCGAGCCAUGGCUCCCCGAGAUCGCCGAGCGGCUUCGCGCGGCAGCAGAUGCGGAUGUCGCGACCGCGCACCGCCGAGUCGUCGCAGCACGCCCACUCGAACUCAAUCUCCAGUGCGUACGAGAACCAGCUUUUAAGCUCUCCGAUCGCCGAGGAGACCCCGACGGGCAGUCCGGCCAACGGCAGCCGUGGAGGCAGCAAGCCCGGCACGCCGCUCCUUGAAAACGUCCAGGGCCUCUGGAAGGAGUGGCACGCCUCGAUUGGAUCCAGCCCGCUGUCGCCGGGACGGCAUGUCUCUUCGCCCGUCGUUGGGGGGUCGGCGGUUGGCGCUGGGGCGAGUGCGGAUCACUUGCGACCUGGCUUGCCGCCCAAGAACCCCCUGCGGAGUCAGCGCAGCCCUUCGCUUCUUCCUAGGCCGGGUUCGUCGAGAUCCGUCAGCGACCCGGUCCACGGCGGUGGCAGCGGAGGCGAGGUGGGCGCGGGAAGCGGAGGAGAGGGAGAAGGAGCUGCGCAGCUGCGACACCCCUUCGCCUUUGCCAGCCCCGGCCUUGCCGCCGAGACCUCGGAGAGCCUGCUGUCGGCAUGGCAGACGCGGCAGCCGGAAGGGCUUGGGUCUCCCGAUGCUGUCGGCCAUUCGGAACUCACCGUUUUGCCCUGGAUCGACAGUCCGGCCUCCACUCAGCCAGGUCGAUCGGCUAUCGAUAUCGUCGACGAAGAAGACGUGCCCGCUGGCGUCGGCGUUGGUGACGUUGCUGGCAAUCAUCGUGACGCCGAUAGCGAGCGGCAGGCGCAGUUGCACCGGCCGCCGAUGGUGCAAUUUGCCGAGCAGCGCCGCCAGCCGACCAACCUCGGUAUCGGCCUCGGCGAGGAUGCCGGAAUCCCCAAGAGCCUUUCUGCCAGUGCCCUCUCGGCGCUAUCGCCGCAUGACGCGCCCUGGGCGGCCGAGGACGGCUCCGACCGCGGGCGAGGCGAUGGACGAGGCGUGACGCUCAUCGACGAUCCGGUCGGUUCGCGGCUCGACCGCGAUGCCGGCGGGAUGGCCCACUCGAGCAGCAAGCGCUCCAAGCUGACGCUCGGCAGCUCGUUCCGUACGGGCCGUAGCCGGAGCAAGACGGUCGACGCGUCCAACGAGGCCAGCGAGGCCGCCUCGGCCGUCGGCGCGACGCCCGGCAACGAGAAGCGCAAGAAGGAGGGCGGCACAGGCAGCAAGAUCUGGUCGUUUGCGCGGGACCUCGGAGGCGGCGAUCACGACCCCGACGUGGCAGCGGCGCCCAACACACUGAGGAAGAGCAAGGGCACCAAAAAGGCCAAGGGCGAAGCGGUGCGGCCCCAGAUCCGUCGCGUUUUUGAUGACGAGGUGGUUGCCCAGCACGUCCAAUCGCUCGGCGACGGGGCGCUCGACACUUUGGUUAACGGCAGGCUCGGGUCACCGGCGGUCGUCGAUGGUCUGCCAGCUUCGAGCGGAGACGCGCGGGCUGCUGCUUCUGCUGCUGCUGCUGCUGCCGCCGCCGUUGCCAUCCACGGCGUCCCGGCCGGACCUGCGUCGCCGAGCCCGUCCGUAGGCGCGAGCCUAGCCACAAAGCCGCGCCCGUGGAUCAUUGACCGGGAGCACCUCGACGACGAGCAGAAGCGCGUCGUCAAGCGGUGGUACGUGUUACGAGAGCUGCUCGAGACGGAGCGAAGCUACGCCUCGGACCUCGCUGUCGCCCGCGACGUCUACCUGGCGCGGGCCCGAACGCUGGCUGGGAUCGUCGUGGCUAGCCAGGCCUCUCCCUUUGGACUCAGCUCCUCGGGCUUCUUCCAGCCGGUCACUGCAUCGCCAGCGCCAUCCCGGCCGCAGUCGCAGCACCAGGCGUUACCGCAAUCCCAGCAGCAGAGGCUGCCGCAGUCGUUGGGCCAGCCGCCGACGAUUAUGCAGCCGAACCCGCAAUCGCCGGCAAAGCACCUGCUGCGCCACGUCUCGGCCGACUCGAACCCGCACAGCCUCGGCGGUACCACGGCCAUGACGCACACCUCGACCUCACCCGCCUCGUUUGCGUCGAGCAAUCCGAGCAACCGGUCGUCGACCUACACCGUGUCGUCGCUGAGCUCCCAGACGUCCGAUGGUGCUGCCCAUCCGCUGCCACCUCUGCCGUCCAGCGUCGGCGGCAUCCGCGCUGGCGGACCGCCGCUGUCUCCGGGCCCGACGUCGGGAGCGCUGGCGAGGCAGCCGGUCAAUGGGGCCAAAGCCGUCGCUGCCACCGCCAUUGUCGCCGCGGCCGCCGGCGCAGCACCGCCCAUGAGCCGCCUCGCCAAUCACAGCUCCGCCAGCCUCGGCAGUUCGUCGGCACCGUCCACUGCGUCGACGCCCACCAGCUUCCUGCCAGGCUACCCCGGCGGCAGCUUCUCCGCGGGUCCAGGUACGCCCGAUGCUCCCUUUAGCGCAGCCGACGUUCGCAUCAUCUUUGCCCAGCUCGAGCAGUGCGCUGCGUUGGCCGACGAGAUGACGGCGGUCCUCGAAGCGGCUGUGGGCAGCCGCUGCACCGUCACGGCCGAGGAGGCCAACGCCGCCCUAGCAAAGGAGGGCGUCCGCGAGAGGGACGAGGACGACCGCGUCGGAGGCGCCUUUCUGCGGCUGAUGCCGCGCAUCGACCAGGUGUAUGCGGCGUACUGCUCCCGGCACGAAGCUUCGAUGUCGAGGCUGCAAGAGCUCUUGUCGUCCGAGCCCAAGGUAUCGGCAUUCCUCCGAGACUGCACCGCCGUCGCGCGCCGGCACACCAACGCCUGGGACCUGUCUUCGCUCCUCAUCAAGCCGGUGCAGCGCGUGCUCAAGUACCCGCUGCUCAUCCACGAGCUCCUCGCCAACACCUCCGAGGAGCAUCCGGACCACGCCGAGCUGCGCGCCUCGCUGGUCGAGAUCCAGAAGGUGGCCGACCACAUCAACGAGGUCAAGAAGCGCAAGGAUCUCGUCGACCAGAUCGUCGCCGGCAAGGCCGCCCGCCGCACCGCCAGCCAAAAGGUGCAGCACGGCACCAUCAAGAAGAUCAAGCGGCAGCAGGAAAAGAUCCGCACCGCCGUCGUCGGCCCGCCGCCGGACAUCAUCGCAGAGGACGAGCAGACGUACCGGUCGCUGGUGGAGCAGCUGCUCCGCCUCGAGGCUGGCCUGGAAGCGCUGCCGCGGCAGUGUCUCGACUGGUCCGAGAGCCUGCGGCAGUGCUACGUCGCCCAGGUCGGCCUGCUCGAGCGCUGGCGGCAGGUGUACCUGCUCGACGACGACGCGUCCGACUCGGCAGCCGCGGGAGUCGACGAGAGGCUCGUGGCCCUGCUCUCGAUCCUCAGGGACCGCCUGGUCGACGAGGCGUGGCAGCAGCUCGACGCCGAGAUCCGCUCGAGCAUCGUCCCGAUGGCGGAGCGCCUUGCGCGGAUGUUUUCCAACCCAAAGUCGGUGGUGGCGAAGCGCAACGACCGCGAGCCCGACUACACGCGGUACCGCAACGAGAUGCUCAAGGCCGGUGCAAAGGCGCCCGACCGCAAACUGGCCGAGAGCGCCGGCGCGUUCGUCGCGUUGCACACCCAGCUCAUGGAUGAGCUGCCGCAGUUCAACUACGGCGUGCAGAGCCUGGUCGACAUCUGCGUCGAGUCGCUGGCGCGGCUGCAGGCGGCGCACCACAUGCGCGUGCAGCGGGCGCUGGUCGACUUCUGGCGCAACUUUGCAUGGGCCGAUCGCGAGGAGGAGAUCCGGCCUGACCCGCAGACGCAGCAGCCCAGCAUGCGCCACCUCAAUCCGGUCAAGAUGUUUUGGGAGGUGCACAGCGGCAUCGCAGCCUACGCCGAGAACCUGCAGAUCACGCGGCGGCGGCACGAGGCCGAGCCCAGCAACGCGUCGGCCGCCGGCUUCUCGCCGCUGCAGCUUCGCACCGAUCUGCCCAAGCCCGAGUUCACGCCGCCCACGGUCGCGAACCCCACCUACAGCAUGACGCCCCUGCUCGAGCAGCUGCCCGUGGCCAAGCGCGGCGAUGCAACGGGCUCUCGCGGCUCGUUCAUGACCGCCAGCGGCUCCCGGGAGCCGACGCCCUACUCUUCGCCAGCGAUCGGCUCAACGUCGCCAAAGCUCAACGGCACCGAGCAAGGGCUCGGAUCGCCGGUGCAGAUCUCAUCCGUGCUCGGCGCGGACGCGGGCGUCGGCGGUGGCCGCGGCAGCGGAGGCAGCGGCGUUGGUGGCGCCGGCUCCGGCGCAUUCGGCAGCCUGGGGAUGAAUUGGGGCCGAGGCAGCGUGUCCAGCCAUCCCUCGCGACCCGCCAGCAGCAACGACAGCAUGGUCAGCCCUCGCAUGGGGCUGACUCGGCUUCAUCUAGAGGAUCACGGUGCUGCGACGGGGCCGAGCGCGGCGAAGCCGUCGGAAGACGACGCAGACGAUGCCGCAUCAUCCAAGCCGCCGACGCCGAUCAGCAAAGACACGCCGCUCCGCUCGUUUUUCAAGAGGGACCUCGUCGAGGAGCGGUCAGCCGAGGCCAGCAAGAGGACGAGCGUGCCGGUGCUGCCCGCGCUCACCUUCAGCGGCAGCGAGACGCUGUUUGGGACCGGCGCCGACGACAGCCGCGACGCUUCCUUUUUGGAGCGCAUCCCGGAGCGGGCCAGCUCAAUCUCGGAAGACAAUGCCGACGAGCUGCGGUCGACCAACACGCAUUCGGCGCCGUCGCUCAGGACGCUGGCCCACUCGCAGCGCUCGUCGUUUUCCGUGGCGGGUGGAGGCGCCUUUACACCGCCGACGGGUGAACCCAACAUCAGCUACGCGGCAGAGGCCUCGACGGCGUCGGCAUCUUCGUCGGCGUCGACCGUGGCGUCCCGGCUGACGGACAUCCUGUCGAGCCAGCACCAGGUGGUGGCGACCAUGGCGGCCGUGGCCGACAGCCCUGGGCGCUCGCACGAGGCGCAGGCCAGCAGCGUCUACGGCUACCCGCUGCUCGAGUACGCCACGGGCGACCUGUUCCGGGUGCUGUACAUUGACAGCGAGGACCGGCGGUACUACUUUGGCAAGACGGAGCGCGGCGAGCUCGGCUGGGCCGAGCGGGCGGCGUUUGUGCCCCUGGUCUAA